AUAAUUUGAAAUUGAGCCAACUAAAGUAUGCUGCACCACUUGAAAAUCCAGAGCGGCAAGGGCACAAAAAGGGUAGAAGCCAGUCAGUCAAUCCAAAUUGCAUAGAGAGAACCACACGAGGGGUAGCGGAUUUAUCGAUUCCCAAGAUACAUUUUUUGUAUUGUCAAAUCAUCGAGAUCCAUUCAUAAGUUAUAUAGUCCGCUCCGCCUCAUUGGUGGUGCAGCCACCCUUUUUUCUCCAAUUUGAAUCAAGUUUUUUUUUUUUUUUUUUAAAACCCUUUUUUGUCUUAAUCACUAAUCUGAACUGACUUGUGUUGAUUCAUUCAUUAAUCUUUCUUGUUUUCUAAUUGGGACGUCAAAAAUCUAUUUUUCUUGAUUUUAUUAUUAUUAUUAGAAUUUAGGGUUUGUUGUUGUUGGGGUUUGAAUUUUUAGGGGAGGCUUAGAAUUGAAAGAAGAGAGGUUAAGAGAUGGCGGCACCUGGGCAGGGGAUGGAGCCUGCCGUUCUGGAUGAUAUCAUCAACCGGUUAUUGGAGUUCCGGAGUACGAGGACCGUGCGGCAGGUGCAGCUGUCGGAGAAUGAGAUCCGCGCUCUCUGCACCGCCUCACGUGAAAUCUUCCUUUCACAGCCUAAUCUGCUCGAGCUUGAAGCUCCAAUAAAGAUCUGCGGUGACAUUCACGGGCAGUAUGGAGAUCUUUUAAGACUUUUCGAAUAUGGGGGAUUCCCUCCCGAGGCCAAUUAUUUGUUCUUAGGAGACUAUGUGGACCGUGGCAAAUAUAGUUUAGAAACAAUAUGCCUUCUUCUUGCCUACAAAAUCAAAUAUCCAGAAAAUUUCUUUCUUUUAAGAGGAAAUCAUGAAUGUGCUUCUAUUAAUAGGAUAUAUGGAUUCUAUGAUGAAUGUAAACGCCGCUUCAACGUGAGGCUCUGGAAAGUCUUUACUGAUUGUUUUAACUGCCUUCCAGUAGCUGCUGUUAUAGACGAUAAAAUACUGUGCAUGCAUGGUGGUCUUUCUCCUGAUCUACAUGACUUGGAUCAGAUCAGGAAUUUGCCACGUCCAACUGAUGUUCCCGACUCUGGUUUGCUUUGUGAUUUACUUUGGUCAGAUCCUAGUAGAGAAGUUAAAGGUUGGGGGAUGAACGAUAGGGGGGUCUCAUACACUUUUGGUCCUGAUAAGGUAGCUGAGUUUUUAAUGCAGCAUGAUAUGGACCUUGUAUGUCGUGCUCAUCAGGUCGUGGAAGAUGGAUAUGAAUUUUUUGCUGACAGACAGCUAGUUACAAUAUUUUCUGCUCCCAACUAUUGUGGUGAAUUUGAUAAUGCUGGUGCAAUGAUGAGUGUUGAUGAAAGUUUGAUGUGUUCAUUUCAGAUCCUGAAACCAAACGAUGGAAGGCGGUUUUUGUGAAGUAAAAUUUGAUUACGGUGGUUUUAGUUAUACGAGAAUGUUCAAGGUGUUGUGUCAUUUGGUGUGCCUGAGAAGAUUAUGGUUUCUAAAGUUGGAGCAUACAUUUUGUAUAUCAGUAUUAUGUCCUCAGGUAGCCUCCUAAACUGGCAACUAUUUUCAGCUCAGGUGGCCUGAAGUGCCAUGUUAUUUUUCUUUUUCGAAUUUUUAGCAUGCAAUUUAUUAUUCGACUGUGAAAAUACACUGGUUUAUGUAGAUGCAAUUGUAGAUUGUUGACAGCCUCAAGUUGCGUUUU